AUGGAUAUUGCCAUUCAGCACCCUUGGUUCAGACGCGCCCUGGGCUCCGUCUACCCUGCCCGACUCUUUGACCAGUUCUUUGGAGAGGGCAUUUUUGACUACGACUUCUUCCCCUACACCACCUCCACCAUUAGCCCCUAUUACAGACAGUCACUGUUCCGCAACUUUUUGGAUUCUUCCAACUCCGGCACCUCUGAGGUGAGGUCCGACAGGGAUAAGUACACAGUCUACCUGGACGUCAAGCACUUCUCUCCUGAUGAGCUCAAUGUGAAGAUCACUGACGACUACGUGGAGAUCCAGGGCAAGCAUGGAGAAAGACAGGAUGACCACGGUUACAUCUCUCGUGAGUUCCACCGCCGCUACCGCCUCCCCUCCACUGUUGACCAGUCAGCAAUCACCUGCACCCUGUCUGCUGAUGGUCUGCUGACUCUGACCGGGCCAAAGGUCAGCGGAGGGAGUGAAUCUGGCCGCAGCGAGCGCAGCAUCCCCGUCACCCAUGACGACAAGCCCAACGCCGCUGCGUCCUCCUAG